AUGCCCUCCUCCUGGAACCAGAGUUCCGCAGUCAACUAUCCAGACGUGCCAGGCUCUCUUCAUGCCCACCCCAUCGAAUCGUCAGAAACACCAAAAAGGGCCCAGCGUACAACAAAAUCUACAACACCUUAUUUGGGCCUAAGUUCUCGGCUCUCCCAAGUAUGGAUCAAUCGAUGGACAAUUCUCUUACUCUUGGUUCUGGUCCGGAUCAUUCUCUUGCUUGCUCAACUGAAUGACAAUGUCGACGAUGCAAAGGCCAAAGCGCUGGCUGCUUGCACCAAGGUGGAAGACGUAGGGAGUGCGAUGGCAUCCAUGCCGCAUUACCUCUCUGCCGGCGUGAAUCAUCUUGCCGCGUCUAGCAUUUCGAAGGCUGUGCAUGCUAUGGUCAAAGUGCUGGAUUUGAUAAUACAAGGCGUCGAAGCAAUCAUAGUAUGGUACAUCAACUUUCUCACUGCGACAUAUGUCUGUCUCAUCACGGCUCUGGUUCAUGCUAGCUUGGACGUGGUUGCGUCUGUUACAAAAGAUGCCACAGCAGCCUUCAACACGGUUAUCGACGGAGCUACAGGAGAAAUUCAAGAAAUAGCCGGCGGAUUACAAAAAGCAGUCGGCAAAAUCAAGGAUGGUAUUCAGAAUAGCAUUUUCAGCAAGUUCAACAUCGACCUGCCGUCUAUUGACUUUACCAAGCCAGUCGAGAAAUUAAAAGGGUUCAAUCUAAACUCAUCACAGUUCGUCACAGAUGUGCAGAAACUGAAUAAGGACUUGCCAGAUUUCGAGGGUGUACAGAAUUUAACGAAACAGGCAAUCUCUAUCCCUUUUAACUUUGUUCGAGAGGCACUGAACAAUAGCCUCGGUAAUUACAAGUUCAACGAGACCAUAUUCCCCUUGGCGAAGAAGGAGCAGCUCAAAUUUUGUUCCAACAACGAAAAAUUGGAUGGGUUUUUCAAUAAGCUAUUUGACCUUAUUCAUAAGGCCAAGGUCAUCUUCGUCAUUAUCCUAUCCUCGCUUGCCGUCGCUGCCAUGGCGCCCAUGGCUUGGAUGGAGAUCAGGCGGUGGCGAAGACAAGAAAAGGCAGCCGGACAUAUAGAACAAAAAAGGCUUUACGAUACGUGGGAUCCCAUGGAGGCUUCCUACAUAGCAUCGAGACCAACCACGGCUCUUUUUGGCAUCAACAUAACGUCUAGAAUGAGUGGCAGACGCCAGGCUCUCGCUAGAUGGUGUCUUGCGUACGCCACGUCUGGACCCGCGAUCUUCGUGCUGUCACUCGCUAUCGCUGGUCUCUUCUCAUGCCUCUGUCAAUACGUCAUACUGAAAGCAGUCCAGAAGGAGGUUCCGGAGUUGACAAAGGAAGUUGGGGAAUUUGCAGACGAGGUUGUGGCAAAAAUCAACAAUAUCUCAGCAAAUUGGGCGGCUGAUGCGAAUGGAGUUGUCAAAGGGCUCAAUGACGAUAUCAACAAUGACGUUCUAAAGUACGUGACGAAUGCCACUGGUGCUGUGAAUAACACGAUAAAUGUGUUCCUUGGUACCUUGAAUAAGGGUCUCGAGACGGUCUUCAACGGUACAAUUCUUCUCAAACCUAUUCAAUCGGUCUUGCAUUGUGUUAUCGGCAUAAAGCUUGAGAGCGUGCAAAAGGGAUUAACCUGGGUCCACGACCACGCCCACGUCGAUUUCCCAUUAUUUGACAACAACACCUUCAGCCUUGGUGCCCAGCAGAGUGUGUCUGGAGACUCGGGCCUUCAACAUUUCCUUGCCUCGCCGUCUUCGGCAACGACUGAUGAGGUAUCAGCGGCGGUCAACCGGGUCACCAACUGGCUCUUGAAGGGUAUUACCAAGGAGGCCUUAAUAUCUACCGGUGUUCUCCUUGUUUAUGUCAUAGUCGUGUUAAUCGGGUUGAUCCGAACUCUGGCUGGCAUGGCGUUUGGCGGCCGCGAUUCCGAAUCUGAUGACUUCCCGCACGCUGGGAAAACUAGUGGUCAAGAUGAAUCGCGGUCAGAACAACCAGGUUCACCUCGAUACUACGAUGGCCGGGGCGAGAAAAUGGAAGAGGUACAUUUAGAUGAUUAUCAGCAACACCCAUACAAGCCCUUUGACUCAAAACACCCGUACUGA